AGGGGAAGGAAAGGUUCCUGAUUCAACCUAGAGCUCUUCUACCACAGCUACACCAACAUCUGCAGCAACACAAUCCACAAUCUUCAUUUUACCAUGGAUCCGCCAGUGAAUGUUUAUGAUGAAGCUGACUACAUUGCCCACAGCCUAUCCCCAAGGCAGAAAUAUGGCGGCAUGAUAUUUGACACAAGCAGUCAGCCACUAGCUUUUUUCGGUAUAGAAUUCCAUUGCGACACGCAAGCUCGCUCCUUCUGUACCCAAGACGACGAUGGUAGCAACAACUUGGUGGACUACGUGCUUUUGACUCAUACCUUGAGGUUUAUCCCUGAAGUUUCGACCACCUGGCGAGGCUGGGACCGGUACCGUUUCUUCGUCCGCGCCCUCGAUAAAGAUGCUUCCGCUUCGUUGCAGCAAGGCAACCCAAUUCCAGAAUCUGAUCUUGGGAACUGGUUUAACAAUGAGACGGCCCCAGGGACUCUACAGACUGCCUCUAUUCUUCAAUCUAGCCCCCCAACCUCUAAUAUUGGGCAGACAUUUAGCAGUUCAGUAGGAUCCAACAUGGGCUUUAACGCUGGCUUCUUUGGUGACGAGCCCACAGCAACCUAUAGUCAAGGUCAAGACAUGUCUAAGAGCUUUUCCUACUCAAUGGACAAUGUAUCCGUGCAGGACUACUCCAAGGAGACAAUCAUAAACAAGCAAUUUACCAUAAACCACCUAGACAUGAACACCACACUUGGUCUCGACGCCAAGGCAAACAAUCACACGGAUUUCGGGUUCACUACGUACGAGGCGACUGUGGCUGAGUUAUUCAAAAUCCCAGACGACGGGCAAGGAGAUAGGAACAAGACGAACCCCACCGUGUUCAGACGCUUUGAGAUUGCUCUGCAGGCGGAGAGAGACUUGAAAACAGAUACUUGGACCAAUAAAGCAAACGAGGACAUGGUGAGUCUGACAACAAAUGUCCGUCAGAUCAUCAGUGUCAAGGCUCCACCACUUCCCCGGCCUGCUUCUUGAAAAGGAUGAAAUGAGAAGGUGAAUCGGGUAGCCCUUAACGAUUAUAGCAAUCAGGCUCGAAAUUGACCAGGAUAUUUUAGCAUUGAUUCUCGCUCCCCAAGGCAGAGUUAUGAAUUUUACCAUUAGAAUGAAGCUCCAGUAUUGUUGUUCUCUUUAAUUAAACGGUCCGAUAUUAACGC